UGAUGUAUAGUUGUAAAUGGCGAUAGGAUUUCCCGUGGUUUAAAUCUUUGGCUUUAAACAGCCUUUGAUACUUUUGUUGAACGAGUGACAGAAACGGGAUUAUCUCCAAAUUAAACUAAGCUGAUCGUGUUAUAUAGCUUGAUAUAUCAGUGUCGAAUAAAAUAAAUGUAUAAUAGUAUUUGAAUAAUAUGAAUGUAUUGUAAAAUGGUGAUAGAAAAUGUAAAUUAAACGCUUGGAUUAAGAAAAUUAUCUGGAUUGAAAGUUUAUUGAACUAAAAACUCAUUUCCUUGUGUGGAACUAAAUGUACAUUUGCACACUGACAGUAAUUGGACAAAUAUUGGAUUCUAAUUCAUUAUUUAACAAAUUUAUUUAUAUUGCUUCGUACAGUUUAUUGAAAUCACACGCGAAACUUUGCAGAAUGUACACCUGGUUGUGUGAUUAAAAGCAAUUUAUUGGAUAUAAUUCGAGUGUUAGCAAACAGUUGUUGGACUUUAAAAACCUAAUUUACUGUUACGUAUAUUUGAUUAAGUUGUUCAUCAGAAAAAAACGUGUUUCUAAUGAUUUCCUUGUGUUCAAUGCCUGUUCGCGUUCGCUCGUACGUACAGAGCCCAUGUCAAAUAUGACUGUACAUGGGGAUAGGCCUCGCUGCCCUGAAGGGGUCAGCCCGAGGGGUCGGGGCCCUUUAAUGGUUAAUGGGGAACGCAAGGUGAUUGAAGGACCUAUGCUUGAAAACCUCACUCUUAGCCAAUCCUGGAAUGGAUGCAUCUGGCAGCUGCAGUCGUCACCCGUGACGUCACCGGAAACACCCGGGCACGUCGGUGGAAGUGGGAGCAAAAAUGGAUUACUGAAUACGUACCCAUUUCCGGGUAAAAACUAUGUGAAGGAUUACCAAUACAAUCGAAGGGAUUCUUUGUUAUCAAAAUCACGAGACUCGCCGACGUCGCUCAGCAGCGUUGAUCGGCCGAGCAGCGUUGAUAGACUCAGCAGCGACCGUCUCAGCACGGACCGUCUUAGCUCGGACCGUGUGAGCACAGACCGCCUUAGCUCAGCGGAUAGACUUUCAAACGGAAGUGAGAGAAACCGUUUUAUGGCCAGUUAUGAUGACGAUAGCUUGACAACGGCAAGCUCAAAUCUAGACAGUUCGGAACACGAAGAAGAAUACGUAACGUUGGACCGAAGUUACGUUUUCCCGCGAUCGUUUCGAGCACAUCAUUUGUCACACCAUUCCUCUAUGAUUGACCUAAAACACAACUCUCUUCUUUCACCGAAAGUAAAUAACGUUGACACCGUAAGUCUUAGUGGCACUCUACCUCAUUCAAACAACCGGAAGUUCCGGGCGCCCUUGAGAAGCGUCUCCGUGAACGAGACGGAUCUGGACGCCGUUGACGUCAACGGAAAGUCUAUUCCGUGGGCAAAACGUAGCCUGAAGCGUAUCUAUGAAAAUAUUGGGGAGGCCCUUAAAAGUAAACCGGGUACCCCCAGAACUCCGAGUGACGAACGGGUAUCCAUUCAUAGUGACUACGUAGGUAUUCGAAAUGACGUCAUUUCAGUGACUCUUCAGGACUCUCAAAGUGUAAAUAGCACAGACGUUCAGUCUGACUCAGGGAAAGUUAAGGGGCCGCAAAAGUUCAGAAAACGCAGCAAAUCUUUGGGGGAAUUGCAAUUAUUCGGGGAAGAAAAUGAAAACGAGCUUGAUUUGGAAUCUGGCAGUGACGCUGACGGUGAUGAUUUUGGAUUUUUAUCGCAUGAUUUUGUGCAUUCUUCCACAGCUAUGCACAAGUCCAAGUCUCCACUGGCGCCUCACCGGAUUCUGCCGAAGCGAUGGCGGAGUAAACCGCGCAAUUCCACGGCAGGCCAGUGCUUAUGGAGCCCUGAGGGAAACUGCACAUGGUGCAACGUUAGCGGACGGAGGGUUGUGCUUCGACCUAUAAGUAUCCUGCAGUUGUCGGAAGCGGAAAGACUUGCGCUGCAGAAAAUAGUUCUUCAGAAAAUCCAGUCAUGUGACCUCGGUUGUCCCGUGCUUAUCCCAAAAGAGCCGCGGGAGUCAGGGCGCCGGAAGAAGCACCUGCUGUCGAUCAAGAGAAGCAAGUCGGCGAACCUGACAGGCAUUAUCCACGGGCUGUCAGAGAAAGAUAACAAGCAUGGUUUAGUGUUCGGAAUACCCUUGAAAAAGUGUAUUGCAAAUGACAAUGACCUUCAACGAAAACGAAACUCAGGGACGCUCAAAGAGCGGAAGGAAUCUGACGUCAUCUUGCAUCGCCAGGGGAACCGGAAAUCAAGUAGUUCUUCGCAAGGGUCGCUGGAAAACUGUGUGAACUAUGCCAAUUCAUUUACUGAAAGUCAAAAGAGAAACGCUAGCUCCGAUUCCCUGUCCGAGUCCGAGAGUAGCCGAAAUACGAAUUCUAGUCUUACGGACGCUUUAUCCCAUACCCGCCAUGGCAGUCUGGGUCAGUCAAGUGUCCCCCUGUACGCAACAGGACCGCCGCAGGUCCCCCAUAUUGUGAAAGCCUGCUUUCAACACAUAGAAACUUAUGGAUUACGGGUUUUAGGCAUAUUUAGAGUCGGCUGUUCCAAGAAAAAGACGAACCAGCUGAGGGACGAAUUCGAUUCUGGGGUAGAAGUGAAGCUGAACGAAUCCCAUAAUCCUCACGAAGUUGGGGCUGUUCUGAAGGAGUACUUUAGGGACCUCCCCGAGCCCCUUCUAACGAGGGAUCUCUACUCGCCGCUCAUAGCUGCCAAGGGACUCCCUAACCUAGAGAGGCAGCUGGAGAUCACCCGGAUGCUGGUGUCGCUACUUCCGGUCCCCAGCAGAGACACGCUGUGGGCGCUGCUACAGUUCCUUAACAACGUCGAGAAACAUUCCACUGACGCCGUCGACGAGCGAGGGGAAACGUUGCCGGGUAACAAGAUGGACUCCCAUAACUUAGCGACACUGUUUGGCCCGAACAUUCUGCAUAAGGCGAAACAGACGGAAAAGGAGUUCGCUGUUGAAAGUAUCGAGCGGGCCGAGGAACGUAAGGACGUGAUAGCGGUCAUCAAAACCAUGAUUGACCACCACCAAACCGUGUUCCAGAUUCCUGCUUCCUUGCACGAUGACGUGCUGCGACUGUUGUUGGAAACCGAUCCGGAAACCACGGAGCAGAUAUUGAAACGGAUAUCAGCAGAAAAUGGGAUCGAGGUAGACCCGGACACCUCCAGCAGUUACUAUGACGAUAGCGACGCGUCCUUGCCGCACUCGCCUAUCAGCGAGAGCAACAUGCAGUUCCGGUCUACCGGAAACCUGUCUGCCAUGCCGCUACGGGUGGCUCGGAGCGCUGAGAUUUUGACGCCGACGGCGAGGCGGAAGUUCUUUUACAACGACGGUCGUCCAGAUAAUAGUGACAAUAACGGUAGCAUAAGACGUAAAAGUGAAGUUAAUAAUGCUUUGGAGGAACGACCGAAAUUCCAUCUUGUUAUUGAAAAUUCGCCGAGUCCGCCAGAAGUGCAAAAAAAUCCGCGUGUGUCACGAACUGAGCGUCAAGGAAUGACACGUGACAAUUCUAGUCCGGAACUAUACAGGAGACCUCACUCUAUGCACCUAGAGCGGCCUCAUUCUGAGUUAUACUGUACUCCUAAGACAUUAUCCAUUCCCACACCGGAUUACGCAAGGACGAAUUCUGAUCCUUAUAAGUCUACAUCCAACUCUCGUUCGGAUAGUUUGACCCCAGAGCGCGUUACGUCAUCACGAGCUGUGUCUACGUCACCGCGCGUGACGUCAUCAAUUCAAAGACCUUUAAACUUUAACAGGGCGACGCCUGAAGGUGAAAAUGAAUGGCAAAAGAACAGAUGGCGACAGUGGGACAAUAUGACGUCACAUUCCCCGGGUGACGGAAAUUUUGAACAGGAGACGCUAGUGUAAAUCGCCAUGUGUAGUUUGAACGUGUACAAACUAUUUAUAUUUAUUCUUUUCAUAAACAGUGGAAUAGCAAUCAUCUUUAUUUUACCUGGAAAUAUAGUUCCUGCCAAUUCAUAUAAAGCAUUUAUAUGUACAGUGGUUUUACAGAGUUACGGUACUUUUUAGUUUCUUUAUGUGUUGUACGCCGAGAGAAAAUGUGCUAAGUAUAUAGUUACCUAGAAUCAAGUGUAUAUAUCAAGUUUUUAUAUGUUAUGGUCUUAGUUUAAGAGAGAAAUCCAGAGCUUGUUCGCUAUUUAUCCGUUGGGAUAACUUAUAGUAGUUUAUAGUUUAUACCAGACUUACAUGCACGGGAGGGGUGAUUAUUAUUUAUCAUGUGCUGUAGAGAGGGUUGAUAAAAAAAGUAGUGAAAUUAUUUCCAUAAAAAAUAUCGAAAUGGGCAUUGAUAUAAUUUGCAAUCGAAACUCAUUAUUGAUCAAUAUUUUCAAAAAACAUUCCUAUAAAUUAUAGAUAGUGUAUGGAAUCGUAUACUGUACAUACUGAUGAUGUAAGCAUGUUGUCUUGUCGACUUGCUGUAUGUCGACUGAACGAGUUAUGAUUUGACAUGUUGUAAUGUUAUGUCGAAGUGUCCAAAACUAGCUGAACAUGCUAUGCCGACUUGUUUUGCAAAGUCUACAUACGAUGUUAAACCGUAUUUGUCAACAAAACCUAUGUCAACAUGUCCAGUUUAUAAGUGAGCAAGUCGAUGUUAUAUUGACAGUAUGUGAAUUCAUUACUCGUCAAGUCCGUAUAAAUCAAAUUGACAAAACUACAUGAUCACAGUAUCCCUACAUACGAUAUACGCUUCCAUAACUUAGGAGUUAUAUUCUUAUGACUACCAACAUAUUAUACAUCAACGAUUAAUUUUUAAAAAGCAAACUCAUGAAAAGAAAUAUUCUGUUUAGAGUAUGUAUUCAUGGACAUUGUUGUGCCUUCGUUGAGCGUUUGUGAGAUGAUGAUGUAUAUUUUAUUAUAGUGCUAUAUAUUGUUUUGAUACUAAAAUGAGAUUAUUCAGAGUUUAACAAUGAGCAACUGUUCAACAUAUCAACACAGUUAUGGGGGGUUUUCCCUGGGUAAUUUUAUAACGAUUCUGAAAUAGGAUAAACGAUAACUACACCUUGUAUGCUACAUUUAAUCUUCUCUGACUUUGAAAUUAACAUCAAAACGUAAUAUGCAGAAUGUCAUCAUCUGUAAAUCUUCUAUAAAUAUUUAAAUUUAACCAUCGGAACUAAUUAUCUAGCUGGGCAUUUAAGGACAAGUAUUCAUCUGACAUAUCUUGCCAGUUUCAUUAAUCAUAACAACGAAACAAAACCAACCACAUUCAUGAAGGUGAGAGUGACCUGGUGGUUAAUGCCCCCGUCUCUCACGAAAGAGAUCGUGGGUUUGAUCCCCACCACGUUGAGAGUGGUUUAGUGCACAGUAUAGGUGUCUGACUCUCACCAAAGAGGCUGUGGGUUUGAUCCCCACCAUGGUGAGAAUGAUCCAGUUCAAGGUAUAGGUGUCCACCCCUCACCAAAGAGGCUGUGGGUUUGAUUCCCACCAGGGUGGGAAUGGUCAAGUGCACAAUAAAGGUGUCCACCUCUCACCAAAGAGGCUCCCACUAGGGUUAUUUCCGCAUGGCCCCAGUACUGGUUUUUACCCAGGAAAUGGACCCGAUAGGGAUUAUAUAAGCUUUCGUAACAAUCAAGCUAAAUGAAAUGAGUAAAAACUAAACUAACCACAUUCAAGAAUUCUAAUCCUAUGUUUAUUCAGCAAUAUUUAAAUGGGUAGGAUAAUACAUAUUCAUGAGUUAAUGUACUUCCUGAUGCUAUGCAAUAUAAGGGCCUUUGUGCUAUUCAGGAAUUUGUAUAUUUGGUUAAAAUGUUCUAUACAUUAUAUUGAUCGUUGAUAUUACACUAUAUUUGUGUUCAUAAAAUGCUUUUUGUUCACGAAAAGCGGCAAUAAAGAAUAUAUAAAAUUGA